AUCAAAAGGCCAUCGAAGAACCUUCACUACGCUGGCUCGUCAUGAAACCUUGAGCGUUCACCGACCACGCUCCUUUGCUCUGGCUCGUGAUGAGGACAUCGGCCAACGCUUUCCUCAGUUCAUCACCGCCGCGUCCGUCCACACCUGCACUUCCUACCUUCAACGCCGGACAGCCUGCCUGUCGUAACCACCAUAAUACCUAGUUCAUCAUGGAUGGCCAAGUACGAGAGCGAUGGGGCAUCACCGAACCUGUGUCGAAAUUGAUGCCGGACGAGAAGGAUCUGGAGGUCCACCGCCAGCUCAUCGAGGAACUAAAGCGGCAAAAUAACUUUGAGUCGCAGGAAGCAACAGAUCGAAGAGUUAAAGUCUUGAACCUGUUCCAGAAGGUCACCGAAGACUUCGUCCGCAUUGUCGGCAAGGCAAAGGGCCUUUCGCAGUCCGCUAUUGAUAGCGCUGGAGGGAAGAUCUUCACAUUCGGGAGCUACCGCCUGGGAGUGUAUGGUCCAGGCUCCGACAUUGACACUCUUGUUGUUGCGCCACGGCACGUCACCUUCAAGGACUUCUUCGAACACUUCCCUCCAUGCCUCGAGAAACAUUCGAAACCGGGAGACAUCGAAGAACUCACCCCAGUCCCCGACGCUCACGUCCCCAUCAUCAAAAUCGAAUACUGCGGGAUCAGCAUCGACUUGAUCUUUGCUGCUCUCCCAUCAGCGUCCAUCAAGCUAUCGUUGGAGCUGACGGAAAAGAAUAUUCUCCGAGGUUUGGAUGAGACUAUGAUGCGCAGCGUAAACGGGACCCGGGUAACGGACGAGUUGCUUCAAUUGAUUCCGCAGGCUAAGACUUUCCGGCACGCAACUCGUGCGAUCAAAUUAUGGGCCCAACGCCGUGGAAUAUACGGUAACGUUUUCGGCUUUCCCGGUGGCGUCGCCUGGGCAAUGAUGGUGGCCCGUAUCUGCCAGUUGUAUCCAUACGCUUGCGGAGCGACCAUCGCUGUCAAGUUCUUCAGCAUCUACGCAGAGUGGCCAUGGCCACGUCCAGUGCUGCUGAAGGUUGUCGAAGAUGGUGCUCUAGGACUGAAGGUCUGGAACCCCCAGAUUUAUCGCGGGGACAAGCAACAUCUCAUGCCAAUCAUCACUCCUGCCUUCCCUUCGAUGUGUGCCACCCACAACGUCACACAUUCGACCAAGAGCGUCAUUAUGAAGGAGUUAGAGCGUGGCAAAUCGAUCGCCAGCCUCAUCUACACAGGGAAGAAAAGCUGGCACGACCUGUUCGAACGCCAUACGUUCUUCACCAAGGACUACAAGUACUACCUCAGUAUCAUUUCCGCAAGCAGAACGAAGGAAGAGCAGAAUAUGUGGUCUGGUUGGGUUCAGUCUCGGCUGAGACUACUUGUUAAGGGCAUAGACGAAUCUGACUCUGGAGUGGAAGUAGCGCACCCUUAUUACAAGGCCAUCGAACGCUUCCACCGAUGCAAGACUCAAGCAGAAAAAGAUCGGGUACUCUCAGGAAGCGUGGAGUUCGUGGUCAAGGAAGAAGACAAGUCUGCGGACGAAAGGGAGCCGGCGAAGACAGCUGACGGCGAUAGCGCGAAUGACGCUGAAUCCAUCACGAUAUACACCAACACACAUUAUAUCGGACUCAAGUUGCGCGAAGAGGGCGCCAAAAAGCUCGACAUUUCCUUCCCAGUUUCAGACUUCAAGCGUCUAGUCACUAGUAGCACUAGCUACGACGAGGACAAGAACGCUAUUCGCGUGGUCCACACCCGAAGCUACGAUCUACCACUCGAUCUUUUCGAGGAAGGAGAAGUCCGACCAGUCAGGGUCAAGAGGGUCAAGGCCAAACCCGUGAAGCGGAGUUUCGCCGAUACAGGCAUAGACGUGCGUACCAUUCUAAGAAAAGCUCCAGUUCAUCUCCCAACAUGAAUUUACUAACCAUAAUCGCGCUUCGAGCGUGUUCGCUGAGAGUUCAUGCUGACCUGUUGACUCACGCGUUUUAGGAUACUCAGAGUAACUCCUCCAAGCGUCGAUCAACCAACGGGGGCCCGACCCCUACUCCGUCCUGAAUCACUGAGUAAUCUUGUUCGUUCGGUAGUUUUUCCGCAUCGCGACACGC